GAGAUGAACGACUCCAAGCUGCAGUCGCUGUUCUUCGUCACCGUCCCAGACUUGCAGAGCCUCUGUGCCGUCAGGGUGACACUGCGCCCCCCGGGAGCGGACACUGCGGUCAGGAGCACGCAGCUGAAGGUGUGCAGGCAACUGCUGUUGUUACACCAAGAUAUUCUUGCAUCGCCUAUACCUGGAAUAUUUAGCCAAAUUUGGGUGGUGAUGGCGAUACCAUUUUAUAAAGCUGGGAAGCUUAAUGCCUAUCUCGAAAAACAUGGAGCUAAGGCAGAGGCGCCACAAAGGGUCAUCCCUGUGAUUCUUCAGAACUGCCUUUCGUACUCGCUCACGGCCAGGCUCGCCCCAGCCUGGAACAAGACUGGCCACCUCCUGGUGCAAGGAAGAGAGUUUCUUUCUCAGAUGGGAAAGCAAAAUGCUGUUGUAUUAGCCAUCAAUGUAACAGAAACUCAAGUUUGUCUGAGCAUAGAAGCUUACACAAUCAGACUGCCGCCACCUGAGCUGCAAGAAUUCGGCAUUUCCCAAAGUGUCAUAAAGGACUUCGAAAGUCACAAGAGUGCCAUCAUUGAGGGACACGCGAUUUUGAGCGGCGAGUGCUACGUUCUGCCAAGCAUGAAACGGGGGCAGAUACUCAGCGUUCUUCGGGCCGCGCCUCCCGACUGCCCCUUCCACACGUACGCAGACUUCCAGGCGCACUGGGACGACCUGUACGGCUACAAACUCCCAGAGGCCCCCGGAGGGGCCGAAGUGUACUGCAGCGUCCGCUUCUGGAUGCCGGGAGGGAGGCCCUUCACCUACCCGCUCCGCUGCGUCAGAAGUCAGCCCGUGCAGUUCUUCCCGAGGGUGGAUUUGGACGGUGUGCUGAGAAGUUUUCUUUCCGAUGUGAAGUCCAAACUGCCCCAUAUCUGCGGAUUUCCCAUCAAGAUGACGACGAAGUCGUGCUACUGCACCCAGGAACUGACUACGCCACGUGUACAGGAAAACAAAAUCAGGCCGCUCAACCUGACCUCGAAGCAAACGUUCCCGUGCUCUCUGACUCGGGCCCCCUCCACGGGACCCCCCCUGGCCCAACACCUCCCACCGCGCUCGGUAGCCGCAGGCCACAAGGUGCAGCUUCCGGUCAGCCAGCAGGGGCCCUGCGGGUCCGCCGCCCCGCCUCCCCAGCCAGACCCCGCCCCGAGCAGAGACACCGCCCUGUCCGACCUGGCGCCGCGCGGACAUCUGGAAGCACCGCAGCCCACCAGAGGAGGCGCUCAAGCCCAAGACACACAUUUUAGCUCCCAGAGGAACGCGGCCCCUAAACUCAUCCCCGUCUUCAGAAGUCGGUCAGUGCCAGUGAACGAAAAGGACUUGGAGCCCGGCAGCCUGAGAAGGAAACAACACGUCACACACCCAGACUCCAAACCGACGUUAGAAUCUCAGCUGUUUUUGCCUAAAACCAACGUGAUCCAGAAUGACAAGCCCGAUUUAGACCCAACUAUCACAAAACGAUUUCAUCCUAACCCUCAGAUGAAGGCUUGGAAUUUAAAGCAGAAGGCUUCCAGACCUCUGCGAGAAAAAAGGACCGAGCCCUGUGACGAUGGGACGAAACACCCCCCUUUCAACGGAAAGUCGUCCGGUGCGGGGGCCAGUGGGAGGCGGCCCCGCGCUGGCCAUGCAGGGCUUCGGACGUCAGAGGAGGAUUCGGGUGCGGUACGGAGUGCUGCUGACGGCCAGGGGAACGAGGGAGCCGUGCAUGUCCCCAUAACACGCACAUGCACAGCGCAAAUUCUAGGGAAGGGACACGAGCCACUAAAAGUGAAAAGACCACACAUCUUUGAAUCCGACACGGAAAUGGAAGAUGCCCAACUACUACAGCAUCGGUCAGUAAAUCCAACCAGAGAAGGUGAUGUCGGUGACCACAGGCUGGUCGUGAGUGGGACAGCCCACAGGCUUGGAGGAGCAGGACUGCGUCAGGGGUCUUUGGAGACCGCAAGGCAGCCUGGCGCCAGGGACACCCGUCAGCAACGACCCAGGUCCCCUGGGAUCCAGAUACGGGACUUGGACAAAUCAAAACCCAAGAGACCUCUCCUCAUCCCUUGGGCUCAACAUGGAUGCAAAAGCAGGGAAUGUCCAUCAGAGAAAGCUACUACUGGGAGCGGUGAGCAGGCGUGCGCGCACUCCGGCGGACGGGAGCUAGGCCCCUCCCGCGGCGGCGGCCCCUUCUGCCUGGCAGCCCCGCUUCUCACGGUCGCCCGCGUGGUCCACGCGAGCGAGCACCGUUGGUGGCCUGCUGCUCACCGACACCGGCGCUCUUCCCGGCUCUUCGCCACAGCGGCAGCGUCCGGCGGUGGUCUCGUACGGGUGUCCACAGAUGCCCGCGUGCCCCUGCUGGUCGUGGUCCGAGCGGAGAGCACACUAGCCAACGCGGGCACGUGCCACCCGAAUGCAGCCCCCAGCUCCCCAGGUGCAGGCGGGGCGCCCUCGCUCCGGACGUCCUGGAGCUCCGAGGACUUCCUGCAGACCAGCCGGGCGGAAGGAGGACAGAACCGAGCUCGUUCCCAGGCGGAGUGGCUGGGGCUGGUCCCGGGGCCAGGGCCCCCUGAGACGUGUGCGAGCAGCCGUCGGCUCCGGCGGCCUCCGGCAGGCGUGCAAGCGUCACGGGGCUUCUGUCGGGGCUCCCUGGGUCGCCGGGCUGGAGCCGCCGUGUGUGAGCAGUCCUACACACCCGCGUGUUUUCUGUUUGCCGGCUGCCUGGGGGAGAUGCCGCAGCCCUUCCCUUCCCGCUCCUCUGGACAGUUCGGGGGGGUUUCUUCUCCCCCCCAAAAACUGAAAGUGAAGUGGAAGGUGGAAGUGGACCGUGGAGGAGUCUGGGUAAAGACCAAAGACGGCGAAGGGGGCCCGCGGUCUCCCCGCAGACAGGCGACCGCGGUUCUGCCGGGAAAGUCGCAGUGA